GAAAGCAACAGGUCGAGCCGCAUGUCAGUGUUGUUCAGACAGAGCACGAGAGCACCCCGACUGAUCUCCCUUACACCUCGUCCAGUGACAUCGACAGCUGCACUACAGCCAGUCCGAUCUUUCCACGCAUCACAGAUCAGAAAAGCCGACAUGCCGUCUAAGGAUCCCUACACGCAAAAGGCAGAGACAGAUGCACCCCUGGCGCAGAAGCGAGAUGAGGUGUUCAAGAUCAUCAGCGAAGUCAAGACGGCCAUGCUCGUGAGCAAAGGUCCCGUUGGCCUUCAUUCACGUGCGAUGGCACCCGCCAGCCAGGAAGGCCUCGUCUUUGAGUUCAUCUACAACCAAGAGAGCAAUAAGGAGGAAGAGCUCCAGAACAGCCCUGAUGUCAACAUUUCGUACUUCAGCCCGUCCAGCACCAGCUGGGUCUCCGUCGCCGGACAAGCCAAGCUCGUUGACGAUGUCGAGCACAUCAAAAAGAUCUGGAACCCGCUCACGUCUGCAUGGUUUGGCGAUCUAGGUGACGGCAAGCACACAGGCAGCUAUGACGAUCCUCGCGUCGGCAUCAUCUCCGUCAAGCCCUCAUCUAUCCGUUACUGGCUAUCGACGUCCAACAGCGUGUCGAGUAUCACUCAGAUCGUAGGCAGCGCCAUCACCGGCAAGACAGCAUCGCCCGGCGUCAUUCGCGAGCUGAGCUCCACCGAACUGGAGCAGUUGGCCUCCGAAGUCGGCAAGUAGACCCACGAACACACAUAUCCGAUCAAGUGAAAUAGACACUGUAGCACGCAUAGCAUAUGCAUUCGAGCGUGAAUUUCAGAUCCUGGCCCGUACAC